AAAGCUGAGAGUAUGGCAUCGAGACGAUUUUAGAACGGAGCAGGGUCUCCUACCGUCAGACAUCGCAGCGUAGAGUGUGCUGUAUUAAUAUAGGAUCGAGACAGAAACAAGUUGGUGACGGUGGUGGCGGAAGACGGUGCAGGUCUUCUUGAGUAAUAUACGCGUACGCAUCUCGGAUCUCUGCACGUAAUGUCAAUAUACGGAAAGAUCGUUCUACAUAACAUCUAACGAGAUGACCUUAACAGAUACGUUGAAAAAUAAAGGGCCACCAGAAUGGAUCGAAGAAGAUCAGAUCGUAUCAGUUCAAGGAUAUGUAGGUGAAGAUAUUAUUAUCGAACUGAAAUUGGCUCUAUCCGAAAAUUACGAUGACUUACGAUUCGAACUAAUACGAGAUGGAUUACCAAUUUUAUCAGAUCGUUAUCAAUUAUCAAUGCGAGGCAAUAUAGUUCAAUUGACCUUGAAGCAAUCGCGUAAAAAUGACAAGGGUUACUAUUCUCUCGUAGCAACGAGACUCGGACAAGAAAAUGAUAAAGGAGCUUUAAAGAAAUUUGAUUUGAGUAUCAGCGAACCAAGUUACGAAGAGGACGAUCCUCCUGUCUUCUUGAGAAGAUUGAGCGAUCUCGCGGUAAAAGUCGGCACUCGAACUAGAUUUCUUGUAGAAAUUCGAAGUUCAACCACUUUGAAGACAAUUUGGUAUAAAGAUGCCUCGCCUAUUCACGAUGGACCUAGAUUCUCUCUCGUUCACGAAGGAAAUUUUCAUUGUAUUGAUGUUGCCCCAGUCACAGUUGAGGAUCAAGGAUGCUGGACUUGCAUGGCGGAGAAUCGUAGUGGGAGAUCCUCAUGCACGUCUACUCUCACCGUUAUUGUUCCCAAAGCUUACAAAAAGCCAGAAUUUGUUGAAGAACUCCGCGCGCUGCUCACUGAGACAGGUACCGUGUCGUUGGAAUGCAAAGUAAUCGGUGUGCCUACGCCAGUAUUGAGAUGGUUUAAAGACAACAAGGAAAUCAAAGCUGGCGAUGUUUUUGCUUUGACUGCUAAUCCCGAUGAUCCAACAUCUCUCGGUGUUUAUACAUGUGAGGCGGUCAAUUGCAUGGGAACGACCUAUUCUUCCUCAAAAGUUCACGUAGUUGGAAGAGGAAGCCGAGAAGGUUCAUUGAAACCAGCAGAUGCUUUGGCACCAUCCGGACUUCUUCCAACAUUUAAACAGAUACUUCAAGAUGAAUGUUGUCGGAUUGGAGACACUAUAGUACUAUCUUGUCGUGUUCAAGUACCACCCUGGCCGAAAGCGAUCGCCUGGUACAAUAAAGAAGGCCGCAUUGAAUCUAGCGAAAAGUAUUAUAUAAUGGAGGAUGGCAUAGGAGGAUAUUCAAUUGAAAUAAAACAAGUAGAAGCUAUAGACGAGGGUGAAUGGAAAUGCGUCGUUACCAGCGAAGACAAUAUAAAGCAAUUUACGAGUUGCUAUGUAGCAAUGUCUAUACCAAGAAACUACAGGAAACCCCGCUUUAUGGAGAAUCUGAAAGCAAUCUUGACGGAAGAAGGUCUUGUCUCGUUCGAAUGUAAAGUUGUAGGUUUCCCAACGCCAUUGCUGAGAUGGUUUAAAGACGGUCAAGAACUUAAACCAGGAGACGUUUAUCAAUUAACUGGGACUAAUUCAUUAGGUUCUUAUUGCUGUAUCGCGAAAAAUUGCAUGGGCGAAGCUAAGAGUACCGCAGAAUUAACCAUUGAAGAUAUACAGAAUCAAUUAAACGAAGAAGAACGUUUCCAACUUUUGAGUACUAAUCAACCACCAAAGUUUAUAAAAGGCCUUAGAAGUUGUGAAGCAAAAAUAAACGAAAAUUUUCGCUUUACAGUACAAGUAAGCGUAGUACCGGAACCAACUCUUUCUUGGUACAGAGAUGAUGCAAUAAUGGAUGAAUCUGACAAAUAUCAGGUAGCAAAAGAGAAUCUUGGUACAUGCCAUUUUGAAGUGCGAAAUCUCGAAUUUAUUGAUCAAGCCGAGUGGAAGUGCGUAGCGGCAAAUGAUUUUGGCCAUAGUAUUACUUCUUGUUUUUUGAAACUAAUUAUUCCUAAGCAUUACAAAAAACCGAAAUUUCUCGAGAAUCUACGCGCGAUCUUAUCAGAAGAAGGCGCCGUAAAUUUAGAGUGCAAAGUUAUCGGCGUUCCACAGCCAGUUUUAAAAUGGUACAAAGACAACGUUGAACUCAAGCCCGGUGAUAUACAUCGAAUUAUUUCCGGACAAGAUGGUACUUGCUGCUUAGGAAUAUAUACUUGUGAAGCUACCAAUUGCAUGGGAACAGUCAGUAGUUCCGCAUCUUUACUAGGAUUUGAAGAUAAAAAAGAUGCAAAAGAAAUCCAGUCAUCAAAUGGUCAUGGACUAGCGAGAAACUUGUCAUUGUCAACGAUACAUGAAGAGCGAACAUCUCAAUUGUAUGACACACCGCAAACGGAUCAUUCCGUUACUUUGGAUGAGCGGGGCGAGGUAUCUUUUAGCUUUGAUGGCAAAGAAGUGUCAGUCAGUCUGUACGAAACACCUGAUCUUACUGAGGAAGAGGCACUACAGAUUGUUGAAAUGUACGCCGAUCAGCUGUCUGAGCAUGUUACAGAACACAAUGUGAUCGAGUUACCACCAAUGAGAUUUGUCAAAGAAACGUCUACGACCAGUAAUUUGUUAAUGGAAGCUGUAGUAAUUGAUGUAUCUCCUGAUUAUUUUGUUAGCGCGGAAGACAAUGAUGAUUUACGAACAGAAGCUGAUUUCGAAGAUGUCUCCAUUAUGGAUGAUAUGACGCGCGUCCUUUCGUCACCUGAGCGCGAUUCCCGAAGUUCCUUGAAAAGAUCAGCUCGAUAUAAUGCGGAUGAAGAUGAAAAAGUUCCUAAUAGGCCACCUAGGAAAAAAUCAAUGAGUUUAUCAUUAUCGAAAAGCGAAAAAAGCCAACGCAUAGAAUCUGAAAGCUUUCAUAGCGCACAGAAAGACGAGCCACCAUUGUCUCCGCUUUCAUCUUUGAAGCAGGAUGACAGCGACACUUUUGCGGACGCCUUGUCCUCUGCACAUCUCUCCAUCACUGAGAGUCUUGUCCAGAAACAGAUGACAUUGGAACAUGGAACAAUAGAUAACAGAAAACGCAGUUUGAGCGCAGGAAGAUCAACCGGUUCCAGUCUAGACGAUGGUAUUGGUGGUGAUUCCUCUUUCGAUUCAAUGAUCGGUGCUCCUAAAAAAAAGCAACGAAAAAAGAAACAACAGAAGGACAAAAAUAAUUCUGAAAAAUAUUCUGGCCCCGGUGAUUACAAGCAUGAGGGAAGUGAAUCGGAAGAUAAAGUUAAUAUGAAGAUAAAACAUCAACUUACAGAACCGAUUGAAAAAAUAGAAAUGGAUAAUAGAAACGGCACCGAAGCAGUAAAAGAAUUAUUUACUAAAGAAAAAUUGUUAGAUAAUUUAAAAAACGUAAAGGAAAUCAGCAGCCAUGUCUCGGAAGAGAAUCAAGAAUCGACACAAGAUAUUCUUUUUGAGUCAAGAAUAGUUCUACGCAAUUCUUUGAAGCUUUUAUGUGAAAAACUAUUUGAUACACCACAAUUUUUAAAUAUUCAUAAGCAGAUGGACGACGUAUGUCAAUUAUUAGAAGAUUCAAGAAGAGUAGGUGCGGACAUUGAAACCUUGGCUAAUCUGGAAAUACCUCUGCGUGCAUUGUUACAGGAAAUUAAUGAAAUUACACCAACAGAACAUAUAGAAAUCAUUUGCGAAAUUCUCGAACCAGUUAUCGCUCAGUUGUCACAUGUUAUUGAAAAUUUCGGAUUAUUAUCUUUACAACCGACGCUUACAAUUUUUAAAAAAUUUCGCGAUCCUAUUUGUAAUAUUACUAGAAGAACAAAAGAAUUAUCAUCGCUAAAACCAAUCUCCGAUGUGUUUCAAAAUAUAUUUGAAGAAAUUACAGACUCAUUAAUCAAUAUUCAAUCGAUAUUUAAUAGAAUUUUAGAUUGUAUCGAACGUUCGAAAUUUACGAUGAAUGAAUCUAGCAGUCCACAACAAGUUAUGAUAGCGUCGGGUCUUGUUGCAUGUUUAACGGAAUUGAGAGAUUGCGUAUGUCACACAGCAUACGCUGCAAUGAUGUUGAAAGAGAAUGAAACAUUAAACAGUUUGAUAGAAUUUAGGGAGCCCUUAUUGGAUCUUCAAUUAAUUUUAUCACAGAGAUGUACUUCUAUCGAACUUUUGAUGAUACAAGAAAUAAAUUUUGCCAUUGUAAAAUUAAAAAGUGUUGUUAUCAUCAUACUGAAAAAAUUUGAAAACCACGAGGUAAUUUCUCGAAUAGAAGCAAUUCUCAAAAUAUUGGAAGAUACCGACAAACAAAUGUCAGAAUUAGUGGAACAAUUAUCGGAGACAAAAACCAUUCAAAAUAUGUUAAAGAAUCUAAACAUUGAUCAAAGUUUAAGCAAUGUGCACUUUGCUCUAUCAUCCGUUUUAGAAAAGCAAGAAAAGUAUAUAGCCUCGUGUCAUUUAAUUACAAGUAUUGAGGCAUUACGUCAGACAAUCGGUUCUUCGGCUGUUACAAUCGCUAACUUAAAAAAUCCAGUUGAUGAUGAAAUAAUUCAAGAAAUUAACAAACUAAGUGACUCGUUGUUAAAUCUACAGAGAAAUUUAUUAACGGAAAAGCACGAACCACAAGAAGAACAAAUUCUUAAUGAUUUGAUGAAUCCCAUCAGUAAAUUGAAAGAGGUAGUUCACAGUGUAAUUGAAAACAGUUCUUCGAUCGAGUUAAUAAUACCUAUGUUGGAAUUGUUGGAAGAUAUAGAAAAGGAUACAGUUUUUAUAGCGAAAGAAAUAUCAAAGAAAAAAUGGCAAGAAGAAAGUAUUACACAAUCUCAAAAAGAAAAUAAAGAAGAAAAAAGUUAUUCAAAAUCCAAUUUGGCUAAUCAAAUAGAUCGUUCUUUAGAUCCUAUUAAAAAUUGGUUAUUCGCUACAUCUGAAGAUAGUACAAAGCAAUAUGAAGAUGAAAUGAAAUCUGCAUUGAGCUCAACAAUCCAGGAAUUGAAAAGAAAUAUGAGUCAAAUUACUAUUCAAACGUCAUAUUCUAAAUCACCAAGUGAUGACAGUUUGAUAGAUGCAUUGAUUGAUCUUCGAGAACCGCUACUGAGGCUUAAAAACGCAAUUUUUACAUAUCAUGAACCAGAAGAUCUUUCAAUUUUAAAAAAAUUGGAUUAUCCUAUGAAAUAUCUUUUGCAAACUAUCAUGGAUGUUCUUCGUGAACAUGCGGAAGAAGAAUCUUUACGACCGAUAAUAGAUAUCAUCGAACAAAUUAAAAAUCAAAUAUUGCUUUCAGUCAAAGAUAUUCUUCAUCAGCAAGAAUUUAAACAAAAUACUAAAGCAUUUAACGAAACGGAAGAAAUAGAAGAAGAAACUAUUACAGCUUCUCGAGAAACAAUUCCGGGUACUCUUACAGAAGUAGCUUCAACGCCAUUUGAAGCCGAAUCUACUUCAUUACUUAUUGAGCAAGCUAUAACAAAAAACAAUUCUAGUGAUGUCGUCUUACAAACCAUAAAAAACAAAAAACAGGAAAGUGAAGAGAGUGCGAGCAAAUUAAUUAUGAUCUUGUCAGAAACUUUAGAAAAGCUACAAUUGGAAAUAACUAGUAUAUUAGACAAUUUCGAAGAAUCAACAAGCCAAUCUACCACAAUUCCCCAAUCAAAAUUAGCUAAUUCCAUCGAAGAGUUAAGAAGGACUAUUUCCACAGUACGCGUAAUGAUUAUCUUUGGUGAAAAAACUGAUUUAUUCGAAGAAAAACUUAAUCAAACAACUUUGGUGCUGACUAAUUUAAUACAGCCAUUGACAAAUAUACGAAAUCUCCUUUCCAAACCGCACGAACACGAUGUUUCAGAACUCAUGAUACUAAAUCAGUUUACUCCGUUAUUGAAUAUAAUAGAAAACAACGUGAUAAAACAGAUAAAAGAUUUUAUCGGUAAAGAUGGAGAUAUAAAAAAGGAAUUUGAGUUUCUUCUAUGCGUGGUAGAAGAAAUAAAAAUGGAAAUUCCAAUUGUAAUUCAAAAAAUAUUAUUAAGACGAAAAAUUUUGGAAUAUCUCUGGGACAUCUCAAAACUAUUGGAAAGUAUUUUAGAACGUAUGAGUGAUCUAGAAAAAGCUGCAGAAGAAACUCUUGAAACUGACGUAGCAAAUAUUUUAGGAAAACCUAUCACUGCUCUUUUAGAAGAUAUUAAGAGUACUAUCCAAAAAGUAGACGUAUUAGAACGACGAGAACCAUUAAUUCUUGAAUUACGAAAUCUUCUUGAACCCCUAUUAGAAUUUCAUAGUUGUCUUUCAAUGGUACAGAGCAGUCGAAGAAGUUUAGUUCCUGAAGCUUCUUUAUUAGACGAGAGGAGAAGCGUUAUUCUGCGAGCGGUCGAUGGUUUACGAAAACAAGUUUGUCACACUAUUGAAAUAUCUAUAAAUAUGGAAGAGCCUUUCUUAUUUAAUGAAUCCUUGACAUUGCUCAAUUCUGCUAUUCUACAAGUACAAAAACAAAUUGGAAAGACAGAUUAUUCGCGCCGAUCUAGUAGUACCAAUAUUUCUCUUCAGCAUCGACUUACCGGCACAUUAAAUCGCUUAGAUAACGCUAUAAUAACUUUAGAAGAACACAUCGAUAAAAGUACAUAUGGAAUAGUGUCCAAAUGUUUGGAAGCAUUAAAAAAACAAAUCUCUUUUGCACAAACGCAAUUCAAUCAAGUUGAUAGUGAAUUAAUUGAUGAAGAAGCUAUCGUAGAAGGCUUUUUUUAUCCGACUAAUCAACUUCUGUCGGCAUUAAACAUUCUGAAAGAAAAUGAAGAGAAAACGCCUUCGGCAAUUUCGUAUAAUUUAAUAGUUCAGCUUCAAGAACUAACCGACUCUAUUUCAGAAUUAAGUUUUUCCCUAUCGGCUCACAGAACAGGACUUGUUCAAGAAGGUGCUUCUGAAGGAGCACCGAUCAUAGAGACUUUUUCUGCCGUUAUAGAUGUUUUAGAUAACGUGAAAGAUUCUAUUGGUGUCAUAGAAAAAACAGUUGAACAAAAAGUGAGAAUGAUUAUUACGAAAGUAGAAAGUGCCAUUGAUGAAGUUAUUGAAGUAUCACAAGAAGAAAUUGAGAGUGUAAUGACGAUCACGGAAAUACCGUCAUCUAAAGUAAUAAUUCAAAAAGUUAAUAUUCAAUCUGAAAUUGAAAAUACAUCUACGACGGCACAAAUACCAGUUUUAGAAAAUCUAGAAGCAGUAAUCUCCGUUGAACAAUCAAAAAAUGAUCUAGCGGAUAUGAGAAAAAGCAAAGAAGAUCAGAAAGAAAAUGAAAACCGAAAACAUUUGACAAGUGAUAUAAUCAAAUUUAAUUCUGCAAUAAGUAAUUUAAUACAGCCGUUAAAAGAAUUGAUUGAUUUUGUGAAAUCUGCUAAACAAGAAUCUCUGAUUUCAAAAUCUGAGGAAAAUAAGCGGAAAAUACAAGAGUUAACAGCCUUAAUACAAAUUCUUAACGAUCUACAAGCUACAAAUAUUUCUAUUAAGACAGUAAUAUCUUUCUCAUCUAUCAGUAUAUUAUUAGAUAAUCAAUUCUCUCAUAUGAAAAAUAUUCUUGCUGAUUUCGAACAAGCUGUCAACACAGUCAUUUUCUUGAUUCAUAAAGGAGUGAAACCAGAAUUAAAGGAGAGCGUUAUGGCGUCUUUACCAUUUAUCUCUAAACCUUUAGAUGCUCUUGAAAAUGUAUUAGCAUCUAUAUGUCAAACAAUCGAUGAAGACAAAUAUAUUGACAAAGAUGAAGAACCAUCUGCAAUCUCGAAAACCUUAAUAUCAUGUAUUAACGAUACCAUUAAAUCUCUAAAUGAAAUACAAAUAUCAAAAUGUGUUAAUAUCGCUGACGAAAAAGAAACGGAAAUAUCGAAAAUAAAAGAAGAAACAACUGCGCGACCCCUUGAGGAGCUCGUAGAAGCUAUAAUGGAAUCUCAAGAACAGGUAAAAUGUGACAAGACUUUGCUUUUAAAGUCUGAUUUGCCUUCCACGGACAUGAUCGAGUCAAAAGCCAUCGAUGAUUUAAAACCCGUCAAAGCAAAAGCAGAUGAAAUACUUACUGAAGAAAUAGAUGGUUCAAGAAAACAAGGUGCAGUAGAGACGCCGCAGCAAGCAUUAACAUCUUUAGAGUCCAGUCAAAUCGAAGAAUUACUUCCUGAAAAUAUAAAAAUGAUAAAAUCAGUAGCAGAACCUUUAGAAAAAAUUGAAGAACACAACUUUGCAACGAUUGAUCAACAAAAGUUAGAAUUAACUCAAGUAUCUGAUAACAGUAUGAUUCAGGAAGAACAAAUAAAAGAUGAAAUUUUAGAAGCGAUUAUCUCUUCUCUUCAAACAUUGUGUAAAUCAUUUAAUAAAAUUGGAGAAAUAGGAAUUUUAGAAUCUUCCAAUAAGAAAACAAUUACGUUUUCGGAUUUGACGGAACAGUUACUAAAUUUACAACUUGCAUUAUCGUCUAAAGUUACCGAAGGUAUUAAAAAAAAUACGGUGACAUUACUGAAAUUAUCUGUAAAAGUUUUGGAAGAAUUACAAACGUCAAUUGCUACAGUUCAAGAACAAAUGGAACUUAAUGCUGUAACUGAAACCAGUUCAAGUGAAAUGUCUAAGUCAUUUUUAGUACAAGCAGUCAUGGAACCAUUAAAAGACUUGAGAAUGUCAAUUGCUUGCAUUCAGUCUGAUUCAACAAUUAUUCAAUUUAUCCAGCAAGAAGUAAAAUUAUCAAGUAUUAUACAGAUCGCGAUUUUGCAAAAUCUUGUUAAAUCGAUAGUGCAAUUUGGGGAAAGAUUUAUGUCUAUUAUUAGUCAAAUGAAAAUGGAAUCUGUGCCGUUAAAAAUUAUUAAACAAAACGAUCAAGAGCUGGAUCCAAAAGUUUUACGUAAGACUGUUGAUUCAAUUCAUAUUUUACAAGAAACACUUUCUCAAAUUGAAAACCUUAAUAUUUAUAAAACUGGAUUAUUAGAAGUGCCAGAACAGAAAAAAGAGAUCGCUCAGUUACAUACAGUGAUAGAUUCUUUAGAAAAAUUGGAACAAUUAUUAAUUAUAGGUACGCAGGAAACUACAGUCAUAAAGGAGGAAGAACUUAGUAAAAAUCAAAAUUUAUUGGCAAAUGCAAAUUUAAAACUUGUGCUAGAAGAACUGAGAAACUCGAUUAUUUUAGUUCAGGAGCAACCAAUCUUGAAUGAUGUUCCUAUGUUAAAAACAUUGAAUGAAGCUCUAGAAAAUCUGAAAUUACCGUUAACAAUAGUCAAAGAAAUUGUCGAUCAUACUGAAAAAAGUACUGAAACUGAGAAAGUAUCAACUGUACUGUCGUUUGCAAACUCAGUAGAAGAAAUAGCGAGUCAACUGAUGGCUGUAAUUAAACAAGAUAUUGAAAAGCAAACAAUUAGUGAAACUUCUCUACUGAAAAUGAUGACUAUUCCAAUUGAAGAACUGCAAAGUGCAAUACUAAAACUCGAAGAUCAAGUAUCCCAAACAUUGGAAACAAAAGAAUCAACGAAAGCUGUUACUUUAAAAUGUAUGAUACAACCAUUGCAAGAAUUACAGCAAUCAUUCUUAACUGCAUCUUAUGAAGAAACCGUCCUUGUCUUGCAACAAUUGUCAAUCAAACCGAUAUUGGAUAACUUGAAUAAAUCUGUGACAAUAAUUUUAGAUCAAUUGACGACAAUCCAGGAUGUACUUGUGGAUAUGAAUACAGAUGAUUUAGUAACAUUGAAGAACUUUACUGGAUCACUUAAUAAUUUAAGAACGUCGAUGGUAGUUCUGCAACAAUUGAAUGCAAUAGAAAACGCUGGUCAACAGAUUGUAGAGAUCGAGAAUGCAUCCGCGUUGCAAGCAUUCACGAAAUCUAUUGAAGAGUUCAAAAAAUGUUGCUCCGUUGUUGUUAAACGAUCAAGAAUUAUCAAAGCUUUUACAACAAAUAUAAAAUCGAAACAGUCCAAUAAAAUAGACACACAUUUUAUUGAAAAUAUUAUUGCACCUUUGCGAUUAUUACAAGAGCAGAUUCUAACUAUUGAAGAAACUAAAAUGCAAGAAUCUGAGAUUUUAAAUGUUACGGAAAUAAGGAAACCAGUUACUGUGUUAAGCAGUCUUGUCAGUCCCUUGCAACAACUUGAAAAAUCUUUUGUCGCAACGGUGCAAAAGGAACAUAUUAUUAAACACGGUACACACCCCCUAAUAACUGAAUCAUCUUUUGUAAGCCUAGAAAAACUUGCUCUACAACCUAUUCUUGAGGAAGUACAAAAGUCUAUUGCUAUUGUACAAGAACAGGUGGUAUUAGAAGCAGGAAGUCAAACUACAUCGAAAAUAGAAACUGACGCUUUACUGAAAUCAAUCGCGCAGCCUUUAGUGGAUUUGAAAGCUUCUAUCGCAUCCAUUCAGCAAGUAACCGCAAUUGCACCAGAUUUUUUAAAUGAACUUGAACAACAACAAAAUAUUUCGGCACUGAACACUUUUACUGAAACUCUUUAUAAUCUGACGGAACGUAUAGCAAUGUGUAACUAUCAGCAGAUUAUUAUAGAACCUACGACAGACACUAUUUCUGAAGAUGUUUCGUCUUUAAAUACAUGGGCAGAUGUAAUCGAUGAAUCUUCUUCAAGAAUUACGCGUCCAAUGGUGAUCGAUCAAGAAGCAAUCGAAUCCCCAAUUGAAAUUGCAACAUCGAUGACCGAAGAUGAAACCUCUACAUUGAAAACAUUAGCAAAGCCACUAACUGAACUACGAGAAUGCCUAGCGUUGAUCGUCGAAGAACAGAAAACAGUCCAGCCAUAUAAUACGACGUGUUCUUUGUCGGAAAAAGAAAAUAUUUCAUUGAUGAAAACAAUAAUACAACCUCUAUCGGAAUUAAAACAUGCAGCUGCAAUAAUUAUUGGAGAACAAAUGGCUAUUGAACGUGCUAAUGAACAUUCAUUUGCCAUCGAUGAUAAAAAUGAAUUUAUUCUUCGUCCUUUAAUGGAACCACUUGAAGAAUUGCGUCACUCUAUUGCUGUAAUAGAGGAUCAUAUACUGGUUGAAACAUCAACGGAUCGACCGAAGAAUAAUGUCAUAUUGAAUACACUAAUUGAACCUCUAUUUGAUCUUCAACGUGCUAUAUCUGUUUUAGAAACACGAGUGAUAUCGCCGGAUGUUGAAUUGAUGUCCGAUGAUGCAAACAAUUGGAUUACGGAAUGUUUAGCAACUCCUUUGCAUGAAAUAGAAAGAUCAAUUGCUGAUAUUCGACAAUGCAGCAUAAUAGAACCUGAAACUAUAAUUGUGAAAGAGCAAACAAAAACUUUAAUACCAGACUGGUCAAUUAUCGAAAAAUUAGUAAAAUUAAUGAAAAGUAUUAAAUUCGCGAUGUCACGUAUAGAAGGUGAUUCUACCAAAAUUGAAACUCUCAAGACGAUGGAAAUACCACUUAUUAAUGUACAAGAGAACUUAGUGAUACUAAAAAAUAAAUUUAAUUUAGGUACUGUUGAAGACAAAGAUAGUAUUGAUGCUUUUAUCGAGUCUCUUUCCAAUUUUGAGAAAUGCAUUUUAUUUCUUAAGGAAGAAAUUGUUGAUAAAACAGUGUCCAAACAAUCAGAUACGAUAGAAAUUGAUAUUAUGAUAUCCGCCACUCUCAUUACACCCUUAACAGAAUUAAAACACUCUAUUGAGAUUAUAAAAACAUCGUCAAGCGUAUGUUUAAAUUCUUUGGAAAGACCAUUAGAACUAAUAUUAAACGUGCUCGAAACAAUUGUAUCUAUGCAACAAAAUAAAAAGCUUUUAGAAUUAUCAAUGAAAAUAAUAAAUAAUAUUUCAGAUAUUAACAACUCAAUUGAAACCAUCGAAAACAAAUUAAAGCAACAACAGGUGUCAAUUGUUGAAAUUUAUAUCGAAUACGAAGCACUUGGAAUGUUGAUCAAAUCUUUAGAGAAUAUUAAACAAUGUAUUAUACAGAUACAAGAAAAACCAAAUACUUCUAAUUCAAUGAUUAAUGCUCUUCAGAGACUAGAGAAAUCUAUAGCUGUAAUGCGAGAACAGUCAGCUGAUAAACCAUUGAUGGAACCGCAACAUACAAACUUUGAUGGUCUUUCGAAAAGUUUGAUACCAUGUCUACUCGAAUUACAAGAAUCAGUAGAAGCAACAAAAACAUUAUGGUGCGAAGAAACAAUACUAGAUGGAUUAAUGAUACUUGAAAAGCCAAUUUGUAAACUACUAACUACGAUAAAUAUUAUAUCUGAUCAGUCUUUGCAAGAAACGAUUUCAUUAAUAGAUAAAUACAAAACGGCUCUUCAAAAGAAAUCCAUACAGGAAAAAAAUAAAACAUCUGAAAUUGAAACAGCUGUCGAAAAAGACAAUAAAACUAAAAAAGAAACAAUGAAAGAAGAAAUGGAAGAAAUUAAGUUGGUAAAAGAUAUAGACUCUGCAAUAAUCAAUGAUACGAAAGAUAAAGAAGACACGAAGAAACCAGAAAAAAUAAAACAGAAAAAAGAAAUAGAUGAUGAAAAAUCAACGAAGUUAACACAUAAAGAAAAAGUUAAUCAAAUAAAAAAUAAAAAUGAGAAACAAGAGGAAGAGAACUUAAUUCAAAAAAUACAAAAAGUAAAUGAAGAACAGGAAAGCAAGAAAAUUGAAUUAAAGGAAGAAACAGAGCAAAGUGAAAAAAGUAUAAAAGAUAAAAAGCUAAAGCAAGAAUGUAAAAAAGUAGAAGAAACUGACGACUUUAAAAAGCAUAAAGAAACUGAAAAAAUGAAAGAAAUUAAAAAUCAUCAAGAAGAAAUUAGUACAGCCGAAAAUGUGAAAAACGAAAUAAAAGAAUGUGAAAAACUUAUAAAUAUUGAAGAAAUGAGCGAAAAAAAAAGUGAACAAAGGAACAAAGAAAAGAUAGAAAAAAAGGAAGAAGAAAACGAACAAAAGGAGCAAGAAACUAUACAAGAGACGAAAAAAGUAGAUGAAUAUACGAAAACUGAAGCAGAUCACAGCAUUAAAGAAAAAACGAAAAAUAAAAUAACAAAGGAAUCUAAAGGUAUAGAAAGGAAAGUAGAGCAAGAAUCGAAAGAAAAGGAAGAAAAUGCAGACAAAAUUAAAAAAAGGGAACAACAGGAAAAUACAAAUAAUAUUGAAAAAUUAAAACCGACCGAACAUGCGGGAAAAGAUAUAGCUAAAGGGAAAGAAGAAAAAAAUCGAGAAAAAGAAAAAGAAAUUGAUAAAGCACAAGAAAAGAAACAGGAAUCUGUGAAAAUAGAAGAAGUUGAAUUAAAACAAAAAGAAAAGAAUGAGUGUAACAACGCAACAGAAGCCAAAGAAAUAAAGAAAAAUAUAGAGCAAAAAAUUCUCAAAGAAGAAGAAUUGAAAAAGGAGCAGGAAGAUCUUAAAGAUAUAAAAGGUACUGCACAAAAUAAAAAUAACGUUCAGAAAAAAGAAGAAAACGAUAAUCUAAAAAAAGGAAAAGAACAAAAGGAAGAAAAGGAAAAGACAAAAAUUAAACACAAACAACAGGAGACAAAAGAAAAAGAAAAGAAGGAAGAAGACGAAAAGAUUGAAAAUAAAAAGAUUGAAGAAAUGAAAAAGGAAAAAGAUAAAAUCAGUGCAAAGAAAGAAUCUGCACAAGAGAAAAUAAAAGAAGAAAAACAUGAACAAUCAAAACAUCAAAGUGUAAUGGAAAAAUUAAAAGAAGCAAAACAAGAAGAACAGAAGAAAGAAGAGGUAGUAGAAAAGAUAAAAGAAGAAGAAAGCGACAAAACAAAAGAUCAGAAGAUUGAAGAGUUCGAAAAGAAAAAAGAAAAGUUAAAAGAGCAAGAACAGAAGAAAAAAGAGAUAACAGAAAAAAUAAAAGAAGAAGAAACCAAAAAAACAGAAGAUCUACAAACUGAAGAGUUGGGGAAAAAAGAAAAAAAGAUUAAAAAAGCAAAACAAAAGGAACAAGUGAAAGAAAUAAAAAAAGAAGAAAAAGGGUUGAACGAGGAGAUGAUAGUAAAAGUGAAGGAAGGAAAAAAUAAAGAAGUAAAAAAUGAAAAAGUUGAAAAAUUAAAAGAAAAAAAAAAUGAUGCCAGUAAAAAAGGAGAAAUAAUAAAACAAGAAGCAGAAGGGGAAAAGGAUGAAGUAAAAAUAUCGAGGAAAGGGGAUGAAGAACAAAAAGAGACAACCAAGCUUGAAGAAAUGAAAAUAGCACAAGAUAAACAAGUAAAUACUAAGAAAAAUAUAGAAAAGGAUAGGAAUCUAGCCGCGCAGGAAAGAGAUAAAAUAGAAAGUAAAGAAAUAAAAAAGAUAAUAGAGGAAUCAAUAGAAAAAAAGGAAGCUGAAAUUGAGACAGAAAAAAUAGUACAGCAAACACAACAUAAGUAUACAAAUGAUAUAAAGAAAGAAAAUGAUACAAACAAAUCCGGAAGAAAAUAUAAAGAAAUAAUUGAAGAUCAAGAACGAAAUCAAAUAAUACAAACAAAACAAAAUCAGAAAGAAAAAGUAAAAAACGAUGACAUCCAAGAAUUAAGAAAAGAUAAAAAUUUAUGUUUGCAAAUGAACGAGGAUCAAAAAGAACAAAACAAUGAGAAAAUACUUCGAAAACAACAAGAAAAGAGCAAACCGGAUAUUAAAGAGGAGAGAUUGAAAAAGGAAGAGGAAUGGAAACAGAGAAAAUCGCAAAGCAAUGAAAAUUGGUUAUAUAUGAGAGAAGAACGCAUUAAUAGAAGUGGUGAACGCAGAGUACAGAAAGAAGAAAACGAUUAUCAGGAGAGAGAUAUUGAUAAAAGGCUACAUCGAAUGGAAAAAGAAAUUAGGAGAGAUGAGACUGCUAGAUUAUUAUGGGAGGAAGAACAAAGAUUACGAAAAAGACAAGAAGAUGAAAGAUUUAGAAAUAGACAAAGAAAAAAAGAGCAAAUAAGAGAAAAUGAAUGGUCUAGAAAACGCGAAAAUGAAUCCGAUCGUUUUCUUAGAAAUAUGUUGGAAGACACAUAUAAUAACCCAGACAAAUCGACGUCAAUGUUUUUCAAUGUUGAUUAUUCUCGACAACAUAUUUUUCGGUUUAAUUCUGACAUCCCAACGCUUUCUAGUACUUCCAGAUCAUACAGUUGGAGAGAUUCUUUAACAUCACUAAAUAGGAAAAGAUUCGACAAUUAUUGGGAUUAUAAAUUACAUAGUCCUUCCACGGAUAAAUAUUAUUUCGAUACAAGAUCUUUGUACAGAAGGCGCAGAAAAAGAGAAAAUCGCAUGAUUCGCGUGAGACCAAUCAAUUUGCUGAAAUACGAAGAUUAUUCAACUGGGGAUAGCGAUGCCACUAUUGUACCUAGUACGUGUAUGCGAUCUCUCCGACGUACAAAAGCGAAUGCUAUCUCACGUAUCGAUUUCAAUACUUGUAUGUCUGAACCGUCCAGCUUCACUGACCUUCGUCAAAAUGAGAAUUUUCAGUGGGCUAAACCAAAGAAACCAUCGUUUUGUACAAGAUUGACAAACAGAAUCGUAGAAGUUGGUAUGAGGACAAGGCUGACCUGCACCGUUCUUGGUAAUCCAGAACCACGCAUCUAUUGGACUAAAGACGAUCAAAAGCUAAAUGCAUCUGACAAUCAUUAUAAAAUGCGAUUCGAAAACGGUAUGGCUUAUUUGGAAUUACAGGAUGUCCUUUCUGAAGAUGCUGGAAUAUACACAUGCGUAGCUGAAAAUACACAUGGCACUUCGACUACCGAAUCUAUCUUGAGAGUUUACUCCGAUCACAAACCUAUACAUUCACCUCCAACUUUUGUAAAAUUAAUUAAAGAUACUUAUCGAUAUUCUGAUCGUAAACUGAUCCUGGAAUGUUGUAUACGAGCACAUCCGGUUCCUAUGAUUUCCUGGCUAAAAGACGGAAUGAUUCUUCAAGGUGAACGUUACAAACAGAGCUCUCUCGAUGAUGAUGUCUAUCGAUUGGAAAUAACAGAUCCUGAUGUCACUGAUAAUGGACAAUAUACGUGUCGCGCAACAAACGUGUUACAUACUGAAGAAAUAUCCCAUAUUGUUAAUAUUGAAGAUUGGCGAUCCAUAAACAAUUCACGGUUAAGCGACGAAAUUAGAUCAAAAUUCGCACGAAGACCACGGUUCUCUAACUUACCAAAGGAUUAUAGCGUACCCACUGACGGAUCUAUCGGUCGUGAAGUAGAACUCAAAGGUAUACCAUCUCCGGAAGUAAAAUGGCUACGCGGCGAUCGAAAGGAGCCAAUUACGGUACCAAAAGCAAGAACCUUUGUAGAACGUGGACUUUAUACCUUAAUUGCGCCUAACGCGACAGAGCCAGAAAAGGAUACAUACGUUUGUAGAGCAAUUAAUGCUUAUGGACAAAUGGAUACAAGCGCGACAGUAGAUGUAAUAUCAUCGAGUGCUGGAGAGCACGGGGGAAAACCUGCGAUAUUCGUCUCGAGACCUUCCAAGAAAUCGAUCGAUGUAAUCGUUGGCGAAGACAUUAGUAUAUCCUUCCGAGUUAGCGGUAUUCCUAAGCCUCGAAUAAUAUGGAUGAAGGGAUUAACAGACAUUACGGAUGGACCGAGAUCGUACAAGGAAAGUAUUGAUGAUUAUAUCAGAUUAAUAUUAAAAAGAGUUGUACCUUCUGAUGAAGGUACCUACUGCAUUUUAAUUAAAAAUAGAUAUGGCUGUGACAGAAGUUUCUUCUCGAUCAAGAUAAAGCAACGUGCUAGAUCAUUGACUCCAUUAUCAGAUUGGAAUUCUGUUACUGAGCGUGACAUAGAAGAAUACAACGAUGACAUGUCCUACGUGAGAAACGUGCCCGGUCCGAUCAGUAGCGAACCAGUUGUUAUUGAUGGUGGAAAAAGCUGGCUCUCGUUGAGUUGGGGUAAAGCAGAAAGAAGAGGACCUGCACCGGUGGUCGCUUAUAAAGUCGAAGCUUGGCUGUUAGGAGGUGAUGGAGGUGCACGAUGGGCAGAGUUGGGAAUUACGCCAAUCAACGCAUUCGACGCAUUCAAUUUACGACCAGGUGGAGAAUACAAAUUUCGCGUAACACCGCGAAAUCGUUAUGGAUGGGGCGAAUCAGUUACAAUGAAGAAUUCAGUGUUGAUUAUUGAAAGUACCGAUCUUCCAGAAUUCACAAAAAUUUUACCGGGUCAAUUAAAAACUCUUGAAGGAACAUCGGUAAAAUUGGAAUGUGAGAUUCGUAGUGAUUCCAAAAUAGAAGUACGAUGGUAUCGCGAAACAACAGAAAUUAAUCCGUACAAUGAUACCAGAUUUGCGAUAUGUUAUGAUGGUUCUAAAUGUUCUUUAGCAAUUGCAAAUGUUAAAGAGGAUGAUUCUGGAAGAUACGUUUGCGAGGCGAACAAUAGGAUCGGUAAAGUGUCAUCGUUCGCUAGAAUUCUCGUUGUUACUGAUCCAAGAAUUAUUGAGGCUGAUGCUAAACUUAAAACGAGUUUAAGCAUUGAAUCGAAAGAUAGACCGCCGCAAUUCACCAUGAGAAUACGGGACAGACGAGUGCAAACAACUUAUCCGGUAAGGCUUACUUGUCAAGUCAUCGGACAUCCCAUUCCAGAAAUUGUUUGGUAUAAAGACGGAACGGAAAUCUCUCAAGAUGACCGCCACAUCUUUUGGAAUGAUGACUCAAAUUUUCAUACUCUGGAAAUAAUUCAGUCUGCUCUUGAGGAUUCUGGAUGUUACAUGGUGACAGCGAGGAAUAUAAACGGCUCAGUUUCUUGUCGAUGUACCCUCGUGGUAGACAAAGGAAUUCGGGCCUACAUCGCACCGGAAUUUCUUCGUGAUCUCAACGUGGCUUACACGAUUCAUUCAGGCGGGGAACUACGAAUGUCGGCGCAACUUGAAGCUUAUCCGUGUGUUGGUGUUGUCUGGCAUCGCGAUGGUAUUCGCUUACGACCCAAUAGAAGAGCGAUAAUGACAUUAAGUCACGACGGUACCGUCCAAUUCUCUUUGGCUAAUAUUACUACGCGAGACGCAGGAGUUUACAGUUGUACCGCAACAAAUGUAGUCGGUCAAGCAGAGACAUCCACUAGGAUAGCUGUUACGGCCGCGAUCAAGGAUCAAUCGUUCAUUAACGAAUCAGCUAAUAUUACAAAUCCAGAUAUACCAUAUUCAAAGGAACCUCUUUUUGUCACGAAACCUUUAUCAACUGAAGCAAUCGAGGGAGAUACGGUUAUCAUUCUUUGUGAAGUGGUCGGAGAUCCUAAACCGGAAGUAAUAUGGCUGCGCGACUUUCUCAAGCCUAAUUAUUAUAAGGACGCACCUCACUUCCGGCUGGUAGGUGCAGGGCCACAAUAUCGGUUGGAAAUACCUUACGCUAAACUUGACUUUACUGGAGCAUAUUCCGUAAUAGCUCGCAACUGCCAUGGAGAAACUAAAGCUGUAAUUUCCUUGCAAAUCUUUGCCAAAGGACAAGGCAAAGAGAAACAAACGCAGAAAUCUCCUCACGGAAAGAUAUUGACUCUGCCGAUUAUAAAAAGAGAAUUGCGAGAUCUUCGGUGUUGCGACGGCGACGCUGUUUCCCUGGAGUGUAAGGUUUACGCCACACCAGAACCACCUUUGGUUCGUUGGGAACGUGGAGGCAAAAUUAUAGCUAUGGUAGGCGAUUUUGCUACUGAAUUCGACGGUGAAACAGCACGAUUAAAUAUCCAACAUGUCUAUCCUGAAGAUGAAGGAGAAUACACGUGUAUGGCUUACAACGAUCUUGGAAAAGCAUAUACAUCGGCCUGUUUAGUUGUAGAUGUACCCGAGGGAAAAGAAAAUAUACUGAGCCAGAGACUGAUGAGGCCAAUGGGUCUGCUGUCAGCAGAAUCGACUCCAAGAUCAACACCGCGAUCGACACCCGUCAGAAGCCUGUCACCAGCAGUUCCACACGGACGUGAAUUUAGAUCACCGCAAGUUCUGCCGCGAAGCGACAUAUCAAAGAGGCUGAAGGUUUCCCCACCGAAAUUUUAUGCAGUGCCGCAUAAUCGUCUAGUUCAAGAAGGCGAAACUGUGCGUUUCCAAUGUGCCAUAGUCGGUCAUCCUGCACCCUGGAUAAGAUGGGACAAGAAUGGUACCAUUGUAACACCGAGCACGAGAAUCUCCAUUAAAGAACGAGACGAUAUUAAGAUACUUGAAAUCAUCGAUGUAAUACGAGAAGAUGCCGCUCUCUACAGAGUAACAGCAGAAAACGAUUUUGGUCGAAUUGAGGCCAGUGCUCGUCUUGAAGUAAUAAAUCGAUACGAAUCAAUAAGUCGAACUAUCAGAACUAGAAGUGCCUCACCUAGAACAUAUCCUACGUUCGAUCGAAGUCUUCUUCCGACUACCAGUAGAAUAAACAGCCGUUUACAAUUAUAAUGUCGCAUAAGAGGAAUGCCGAACGUAACAUCAACGUGGUAUAGAAAUGGACGACCGUUAGAACGAUCUUCCAGAGUAAAAAGAUAUUUUGAUGGCACAACUGCUAGAAUCGAAAUAUCAAA